CGCUUAUCUGAUUAUGUUUAUAGGCGUGAUGAAAAAGUUUACCCUUACGUAUUAGGUAUUUCCUAACAGAUCUAUAUGAUUUUGACAAUGUUUUUCCUUCUUUUGCCUUUACCGCCCCUUCCACUACACCUGGGGGCGACUCUCCAGAACAAACAUAGUGAGAAAUAUCAAAUAAACGCCUUACUGAAAUAUGAUAUUGUUGUGUGAGCCAGUAAUUCUCGCCUGAACUGUCUUUAACCUGACAGGAGGGUCACGUGAUAUAAAAACUAAAGAGGUGCUCUGCGAUCUUUCAACUCUUCUUAGAGUAAAAGAAUUUAUGGGUGGAUGUGCGUUUGUGUAUGAGCGUGUGUUUCUUAUUUAUAUAAACAAGGGCAAUAAUGAAAAUUUUUGUCUAUAAACUAUCUAAACAAAUAUCAGAUAAAUAUAAGAGAAUAAUUUCCAAAUUACACUUAAUUAGACGAAACUAAACCAUAUCUAUAAAAUCAGUGACUCACCUAACGAGGGUUUCUCUCUACAAUUGAAUAUUUAUGCAUUAGAUCCCACAUUUCUUGUUCAAUUAACUAGAUUAACCACUCUCAUAAAAUACAACAUAUCUAAGUGAGAGAGAGGAAUAAAAUAUGUUCAUAGUCGACUAAGUUAUUCGCAUAUUGAAUAUAUAAAAAGCUCUAUUUUCACGGACAUAUAAAGCGAGUAAGUAUGCUUUUUUCUAAUUAGACUCGCUACGGCUAUUCAAUCGGUUGACACCAAAAAAAAGAAAGCUAUGCGUGUGGAGGGUAAAAUAAUUCGGACCCUUCAAAUUAAGUUGACUAAUUAGGCGGAGGGGUUUUUUACAACUGUUAGACUAUUUGAGUAGAGAAGAGGGAAAUGAAUAAAAUCUGUUGUAGAAUCUUGAAAAGUAAAGCGUUUACAUACGCUCUUCAAAUUUGUUUGAUCUCGAUAAAUCAGGGAUAGCAAAGAAUUUAUUAAAUAUUAUCUAGACGUAUCCUUUCGUAAAGCGCAGGUGUAAAAGCAAUACAAGCUUUUUCCCUGUAAGCCAACCAAAAGUUUCGAGUCAUAUGGCGGGCAGCUGUUGGAGCUGCUUUCAAUUUCAUAAAUCCUUAGUUAGAUAACUGAUUUCCCUCAACAUGUUACACCUUGUAAUUAGUGUUAAAUUAUCGUAUUUGAAUUAGUCUGCCAGGAGGAAUAGACCUAAUAGUUUUACGUUUUGGAAAGAGCCCAAAAGUAAUAAAAUAUAUUUUUAACAACGUUAUGUUAUUUAGCUGACGAAAUUGUUUACAUACACAGCUGUUGUACAUCUUUACGGCCGAAAAAAGUUCUUUUUGUUAACCCUAACCCCAAUUGUUGUCGUGCUGACAAGGAGAAAUUUGUAAAAAAAAAAAUAUACGGAAAAAAGAGAUCGUUUUUAAUUUCCUUAGUAAUGUAGAAAAAGAAGGAAUAGAGCAUAAACAUAUAUUAACAUAUAUAUUUAAAGAAAAGAUAUACAGAAUGAGAAGAGAGAAAGACACACACAUAUACCACACAGGAAAAGAUAGAAAGUAGAAAAGUUUAUAGACAUUUAAACUCUCUUACACGCGCGCAAAUAACUUAUAUAUAUAUGCAUACACACACACACACACAAACUCCGACUCUCCAAACACUUGUUAGUAAUACUAGGCCUUCGUUCUUAUAAAGAUGAACUUCCAUCAAGUGGGCGUGGCGGAGUUUCUUUACUAAACUGUUGACGUAUUGUACGGUCUAUUAAAAAUAAUUAGUAAAUAGUUUUUUUUUACCAUUUCCUUCUUUUGGAAAUGUUUAGCAUUGUAACUUUUAUUGAACUAAGAGUACAAAGUUACAAAGAUUAAACAGUUUGUCUUCUAUAGUUUAUUCAUAUGUAAAGCUAUAUAAUAAAUUACCCAAUGUUUGUAAUAUGUACAGUACGUGCUCGUUUCUCGAUCCAUAAUGUUCUUGAUAGGAACAUGAAAAGAAAAAAAGGAGUCAAACGGCAACAGCUGCCCGCUUCUCUUUCUUUUUUACGCCCUCGAAAAGAGCAGUUUUAUUGACUCAGUCGGUUCCCUCGGCUACUGUACACAGACGCGGCAGACGUACGCGCAUAUAGAAAGAAAAAAGGCGCGAAUUUUAGAUAAAAACCUAAUCGGUAGGUUUUAAAGGAAAAUAUUUUGAAAAGCAUUAAGGGAUAGGAUUAUUUACAAUCAGGAAAAAGGUUGAUGGAAGCUGAAGGCAAAGGGAUUAUUUUGUAUUUUUAGACGCCUCCGGUUGUAUUUUUACAAGGGAUUAAAAACAUCCCGAGUCGCCGUCAACAAUUCUAACGAUUCCUUCAAGCUUCCCUUCGCAAUAAACACAAAAAGUGUUUGAUUGCACGCGCAUGCACGUGACCCUUACCCUGCGUCACCUAGUGGUGAAUAGAUGAAACUUGCACAGCAAGCGGGCUGAGAAGAGCUUGCCGACUGGGGCGAGAGAAGGUUAGAGGAAUGCUUUUCAGCCGAAAAAAGUUCGAUAUAUUUAUAUUUAUAGCCCUUCGACCUAAUACUGACUAAUUGGAGAAUGAUUGUAUAAGGCAGUCGCCAUCGUCCGGGAAAAUGACGAGGUAGACCGCAGAAUGGAGACAAAUAUAGAUUCUUGUAAAAAGAGGCCAUUGAGUAUUACAUCGACGACGUCUUCCACUACGUCAUCACUUCCUCGGCAUCAGAAGAAGAAGUUAGCGCCUUUCGACUUGUCAAUGACUUCCUAUAUUCAGAAUAUCUCCUCUGAAAUCGUUCGCACAGAAGAGACGUUCGCUAACGAUUUGAAGCAGAUUAUCGACGCUUACCUAAUACCCCUUCGCUCGACAUGUGAUCUUUCAAAUGAAUUGACGGAUUCAAUGUUUUGCAAUAUUGAAGAACUAUACGACUUUAGUCAAUCGUUAUUAGCUGAAAUGAAAGAUGUUAUAUCGGAACCUGCCGAAUUGGCUGACAUUUUCGUAAGAAGGUGCCAAGAAUUCGAUGACAUCUACUUUCCUUAUUGCUCAAACUUUCAAAGAGCUUCUGCUGCUUGGAAUAGGUGCCUUUGUAAUCCGACUCAUAACAGAACAUUAAUGAGUUUAAAAGUUCAACAUGGUCAUACGUUCAAUUUACACGAUUACUUAUUGAAACCAGUGCAAAGGAUCCUCAAAUAUCCUUUAUUGCUUUCUAAUAUGAGUCAGAAGGCUGAUGAAGAUUUAAAGCCAAGGAUUAUGGCUGCUCACUUAGCUAUGCAAAACGUCGCUGCCAAAUUAAACAAUUUCAAUAGCCAAUUGAAUUUAUACAGUCAGAUACCGGAAGCUUACAAGUAUGGAAAAAUCAUUAAUUUCGGUUUGUUAAGAGUACUAGAUGUCAAGGGUCAACGAAGCGUGUAUCUCUUUGAGAAAGCGUUACUUGUUGCAAAAAAGAAGGACGAUGAAUUCUUAAAUGAUAAACUUAUUAUUGAAUUUAGAAAUUUAACUAUGUGCGAAGUCGUACCGGAAGGAAAUUUGUUCUUUCGUGUCUUUCAUUUUCAAAAACCGGAAGUAUCAAUAACAUUUAAAGCAUCUUCAAAGUGUGAAAAGAAAAAAUGGUGCGAUCAGAUAAAAGAACGAAUGAUGGUAACGUUCGAAAAGAAAUUACCAGACCAUGUUCUAAGUCUAGUAAUGAACAUGGGUCCAAUCGAAAAAGAAAAUCGAUCAUCAACAGCCAACUCUUCGUCAUCCAAAAGGUUGACUCUACGCCGAAUGAGUACUACUUUACUACCUGACGGGCUAUUUCGUAAUUUUCGUUCACCUACAACUGGUAGUUUAAAACGCGAUGUUAACGUUGAUAUAACGUCUCCGAUGCCUCAAGGGCGAGCGUUCUUGAAGAGUCACUGGUCAGAGAGUGGAUUAAUAACUUUACAAAAAAAGCCUGGUCUGAGGAGAAGCAAAAGUUUUGAAAGCAUAGAAAAUUUAUGUAAUUUUUCUAGGCCUGAUAGGGCAACUGGAGAAGGAGAAAAAAAAACGAUAGAGGAUACGGUCACGUUGUUUGCCGACGAUUGUUUAACAGAUGAAGAGCAGGCAAAUGAUACCGAUCAAACUGAUAACACUAAUACUCAUUUAGCUGUUUCGGAAGAUUUAGACGAAGAGGAGAGUCGAAGUGAUGAAGAAGUAAAGAAGAAUGAAGAUCAAUUACGAAGAAAAUCGUGGACGUGUAAGGAUAGUAGUAAAGAAUGCAAUGGAAAAGCCGAACGACGGAGAAGUACAAUUGCCGAUUCUAACUCUUCUCUAUCGAAAAAGGAAGAAAGUGGAAAGCCUAAUAGGAAAAACCGUCUCUUCAAAAAAGUAACCUCAAGACCAGCCGUUAUGGGCGAGUCUCGCGUAGGAGAAAGGAUGGCUGUUAACGAUCCUCCUUCCUAUGGACCUUAUACUUUGGAACGGCGUCGAAAAGAUAAAGUUCCUGAUUCAGAAUGCUCUUCUAGUCAACCACUCAAAAUUGACAAGCCUAGUUCCCAGUCAAUAGAAAAGAAUAAGGAAAAGGCUUACGAGAUUCCUUUCGUCGAAACAUCCCAUUUGCAACUUGAAGAGAAGUCUAAAGUUCCGCAGGAUACGGAAGAAACGUCUGGGCAAUCUCUCUUUUCAAAUGAAACUCCAGACAAAGGAGAAAAUAGCUGCAGUUCUACAUUCGAUAUAUACGAAAAGUGCCUCGUAGCCGCUUUAGAAUCAAGCGAUUCCGGCUAUAAUAUUCACGAAGAUAAUGAAGAAACGGACACGGUUCAGAAGACUCGGAGUCAAAACCCAUCUCGUGUUAAAAGGGCAUUGAGCGUUUUCGAAACUAGGCCAUCGCGAAACGGAAUUCCUCUGUGUCAAGGUUGGGCGGGAUCCAGUGAUGAUUCUGCCAUUUCAGUAAAGAGUCUAACCGAUAGGAAAAAAGAAUUUGAACUUGCAACCUUCCCUUUUGACGGAAAGAGGGAAAACAAUUUUGUUGAGGAAACUCGCAAAGGGUGGGUUAGGCAUGUCGUUGAUAGAAUAGAAUUAUUAGAGUGUGGUGAAGUGACUAACUCUGAUUCUGAAGUGUAA